GCCGCCGCCGCCAGCGGGAGGAGGCGGGGGGAGCGUCCGUCACAGCUAACGGACCGUGGAGCGGAUCGCAUUCUUCGUCUGUCGAGCCGCGGCAUCACGCACAGGUUCAUGGACUUCUGACGGGGCCGUUGAAUCAAACAACAACAACAACAAAACAUCUUCACCCUAAGGCGCAGUAUCCUUUUCAUUUAACCGUUAUCCAUGAGAUUCUUCAGGCUUACCUUCAAGUGCUUCGUCGACUGCUUUUGAAUCUCCUCUGUCAACGGCUGAACUGACCGCGGCGCUUUGUGAAAUUUUCCAUCUCUUGGCUGAGCUGAGGGGAUCCAACGUGUGAUAAUAAUUAAAAAAAAAAAAAAAAAAAAAACUGCGAUUUUUUUUUUUUUUUGCAUUUAAAGAAGGCGAAAUUAAAAAAAAAAAAAAAACAAAACUCAGUAAACCAAAAAGACAACUGGAGCACUGCAGAGCUGUUACUGUGGCUACGUCUCUCUGUCUGCCUCCCUGAGCCUGGUGCCUUGUUAGCCAGGCACAAUUAUAAAACUUCAGCAGCCCCCUGGCUAAACCAUCAGCCAGCUUGCUUUUUUAAAAACAAAAAAAAAACAAACAAAAAAAACAAAAAAACAACAACAGCAAUUAUUUUUCUGCCGAUACCCAACGAUAUGUCACCUGAGUUGGAAGAGAACAGCCAAGGUGAAAUCAGCCUCCCCCAGCUGGAGGCAGGGACCCUGUCCGAGGAGGAGGGCGGGGGGUCAGCUCGACCCCUGGUGCCUGUGCCUGGAGCGGGCCCAGGGUGUGGUGAGGGCGGAGGGGCUGGCCCACCGCAGACCCCGGACGGGGCUGCAGCCGGGACUGGAAAUGGGGCAGUAGCAGUACCAGUGGUGGAGAGAGAAACCUGGACCAGGCAGAUGGACUUCAUCAUGUCCUGCGUGGGUUUUGCUGUUGGCUUGGGAAACGUGUGGCGGUUCCCUUAUCUCUGCUACAAGAACGGAGGAGGGGUUUUCCUGAUCCCGUACUUACUGAUUGUGUUCAUCGGGGGCAUCCCAGUCUUCUUCCUGGAGAUUGCACUGGGACAGUUCAUGAAGCAAGGAGGGGUCUCUGCCUGGAACAUUGCACCCCUCUUCAAAGGUCUAGGCUUGGCCUCAAUGGUGAUUGUGUUCUUCUGUAACACCUACUACAUCAUGAUUCUGGUGUGGGGCCUCUACUUUCUCUUCCACUCCUUCACCAACCCGCUGCCCUGGGCCACCUGUGGACAUCCCUGGAACACCCCCAACUGUACACAGGACUUCCGGCGCACCUGCCACAACCGCAGUGCUGCCCAGCCGGCUCUGCCUUCGUCUGCUGCCACCCCCUCCAACCUCCUCUCCUCUACGUCCCCGCUCAACCUGUCCUCAGCCCAGCUCCUCUUCAAUGGCAGCUGCAUGGAGGCUGAGGGCAUGCGCUCCCCAGUCAUCGAGUUCUGGGAGCGUAAAGUGCUCCGUCUGUCUGGUGGGCUGCACGAGCCUGGUGACAUCAGCUACGAAAUGGUGCUAUGUCUCAUAGCUACCUGGGUCAUUGUUUACUUCUGCAUGUGGAAAGGAGUUAAAUCUACUGGCAAGGUUGUGUACUUCACUGCUCUGUUCCCCUACCUGGUUCUGAUUGUUCUUCUGGCCCACGGAGUCACUUUACCUGGAGCUUUAGAUGGGAUUGUUUACUACCUGAAACCAGACUGGUCCAAACUUGGUGAAGCACAGGUGUGGAUUGAUGCAGGCACUCAGAUUUUCUUCUCCUAUGCCAUUGGACUGGGUGCCCUGACUGCACUGGGCAGCUACAACCGCUUCCAUAACAACUGUUACCAGGAUGCAUUCGUGCUGGCCCUCAUUAACAGUGGAACCAGUUUCUUUGCAGGCUUUGUGGUGUUCUCUGUGCUGGGCUUCAUGGCUGCUGAGCAAGACGUGGACAUCAGUAAGGUAGCUGAGAGUGGUCCAGGCCUGGCUUUUAUAGCCUACCCCAAGGCUGUGACUCUGAUGCCUCUGGCGCCACUCUGGGCAGCACUUUUCUUCUUUAUGUUGCUCAUACUGGGCUUGGACAGCCAGUUUGUAGGGGUAGAGGGUUUGAUAACGGGAAUCAUGGACAUGCUACCCCCUAAAUCUGUACUGGGCUCCCUGCGUCGAGAGGUGGUAGCGGCCAUCUGCUGCGUCAUCUGCUUCCUCAUUGACAUGUCCAUGGUCACGGAGGGAGGGAUGUACGUAUUCCAGCUGUUUGACUACUACUCUGCCAGUGGCAUCACUCUGCUGUGGCAGGCCUUCUGGGAAUGUGUAGUGAUUGCAUGGGUCUAUGGCGCAGACCGUUUCAUGGACGAUGUGGCUCGUAUGAUCGGCUAUCAGCCCCUGCCCUACAUGAAGUGGUGCUGGUCCUACAUCACACCUUUUGUGUGUGUGGCAGUGUUCCUGUUCCACGUGGUGAACUACAAGCCCCUGACCUACAACACAGUGUACACAUACCCCCUGUGGGGUGAAGCGCUUGGCUGGGCAUUAGCUCUGUCCUCCAUGCUCUGUAUCCCUCUCACUGUUCUCUACAAACUGCUGCGCUGCAAAGGAUCUUUGCGGGAGCGGUGGCAGCACCUAACCACCCCGGUCUGGGGCAGACAUCACCUGGAGUACCUGGCCCCGGAGAGCGAGGCCAAACUGCUGCCCCCUGCAGGAACCAAGAGCACGCUUCUCUUUGAGAGUGUCAUCUGAUGAGCUGAGCCCUACAGAACACAGAGCCAAGGUCGCCCUUGACAUCAGCACACACGUACACAAACACACAAACUACUCACAACACAUGCACACCACACUGGCCCGGUAAGAGCAAAGUGCAGAUUAGUUACGCACACCACAAUUUUAAAGCUAUGGAAAAGCCCUGGACAAAUGGACCAAAGAAUAGAUGGGAGAAGAACUGAAACACACCCGCACCCAUACAGUCAUCACAGGCUGAUAUUCCCUCUGCUCUGCUUUCCUACUCUACCUCGCUGACUCUCCCCUCUCUUUCCGCUCCCUGCCUUUGUGCUGUCCCGUCCAGUCUUGUUCUGUAACCGUGAUGUAUCCAGUGUAGUUUCAAUAUAUUCCCUUUCUGGGCCUCUCUGUUUCAACAGCCUCAUCAGUUCCAACAUGUCAUGCCAUUUUGUUCUGAGUAAGCAGCAACUCAAAAUAUUCUGGUGAUAUUAUUUGGAAAUUAAAGACCCCAUAUCUGCUGCUGAUAUGCCAUGGUCUGAACGUGUGUGUCUGUGUGUGUGGGCGUUUGCAUGUGUCUGUAACGAGUGUGUGUUGGAUCGUGGAAGUGGUAUCUUCAUUUACCUUUAGCAUUUCCUUUGCCCAUUGUUUUCUGCCAACUGUAUUCUCUUAAUUAACUGUACAAAAAUAACUUCCAUUUGUAAAAAAAAAUAAUAUUAAUAAUAAUAAUCAAGAAGAGACAAUGCAUCACCACUUCCAGCUGUGUGUUAUGAACUAACUUAAGUAUCCAGUGUACUUUAGGGUCUGUGAAUAAGUGUUAAAAAUAUUUGGAGGGGAUGACGAUCAGUUUUUCCACCUUAAGAGAAGGAGAGAAACUUGUGCAAAGAGCAGGAGACGGGGAUGUGGGGAGGGGGAGGAGACUUGAUGCCAUGAAAGGAAAGAAGCAAUAAAUGCUCAGAUAAAGAUGGAC